CCACAGAGCCCGGCAAUGUCAGCCAACGUCACGCUGAAGCCACUCUGCCCCAUCCUGGAGCAGAUGAGCCGCCUGCAGAGCCACAGCAAUUCCAGCAUCCGCUAUAUAGACCAUGCAGCGGUGCUGGUGCACGGGCUGGCUUCACUGCUGGGCGUGGUGGAGAACGGCCUCAUCCUCUUCGUGGUGGGCUUCCGCAUGCCCCAGACUGUGGUUACCACCUGGGUGUUGCACUUGGCGCUGUCUGACCUAUUGGCCACUGCCUCCCUGCCUUUCUUCACCUACUUCCUGGCCGUGGGCCACUCGUGGGAGCUGGGCACCACCUUCUGCAAACUUCACUCCUCCAUCUUCUUCCUCAACAUGUUUGCCAGCGGCUUCCUGCUCAGCGCCAUCAGCCUGGACCGCUGUCUGCAGGUAGUGCGGCCAGUGUGGGCACAGAAUCACCGCACGGUGGCGGCGGCGCACAGAGUCUGCGGGGCGCUCUGGGCACUGGCUGUGCUUAACACUGUACCCUAUUUCGUGUUCCGGGACACCAUUCCUCGGGUGGACGGGCGCAUCAUGUGCUACUACAACGUUCUGCUCCUGUACACCGGGCCCGACCGCGACGCCACGUGCAACUACCGCCAGGCGGCCCUGGCCGUUAGCAAGUUCCUGCUGGCCUUCCUGGUGCCACUGGUGAUCAUCGCCUCAAGCCAUGUGGCCGUGAGCUUGCAGUUGCGCCACCGCGGCCGCCGGCGGCCAGGCCGUUUUGUGCGCUUGGUGGCGGCCGUGGUGGCGGCCUUCGCGCUCUGCUGGGGACCCUACCACGUGUUCAGCCUGCUGGAGGCGCGGGCGCACCACGACAAGGCGCUGCGGCCGCUGGUGUGGCGCGGGCUGCCUUUCGUCACCAGCCUGGCCUUCAUCAACAGCGUGGUUAACCCGCUGCUCUACGUGCUCACCUGCCCAGACGUGCUAAGCAAGCUGCGGCGCUCGCUGCGCGCUGUGCUCGAGAGCGUGCUGGUGGACGACAGCGAGCUGGGCCUCGGGGGCAGCAGCCGCCGACGCCGCGCCUCCUCCUCCUCGUCGCUGGGCAGCCGCCACCAGACGCUGCUGCGCCCCGCGCGCCUUCUGAGCUGGCUACCGGGUGGCCGCGCUGCUUCCCAGAGGGGCCGGGCCCCAUCCCAGGACGAGAGUGGCCCCCUGAGUCGGGCGCUGAGCAACACCUCGGGAUAG